AUGUCCCGCUCCGACAGCGGGAGUGGUGAAGAUUCCCUCGACGGCAUCCCUCGUUGCUGCCCACUGACGCCGUCGCUGUCGCCCCAAAAACGCACUGCCAGUCAGUCGCAGACGGAACCCCCAUUGCUGAGGACCAACAAGAGGACCAUCUAUACAGCUGGUCGGCCCCCCUGGUAUAACGUCACCGGGACCACUUUCAAGGAGGCCUUUGUUAUUGGACUGUGUGGGGGAAGCGCUUCAGGCAAAACAACAGUAGCCAAUAAGAUCAUUGAGGCACUCGAUGUUCCCUGGGUGGUUUUGCUGUCUAUGGACUCCUUUUACAAGGGACUGAACAAAGAAGAGCAGGAGCUAGCAGCGAAGAACGAGUACAACUUUGACCAUCCCGAUGCAUUCGACUUUGAGUUGUUGGUCAACGUCCUGAGAAAGUUGAAGAAAGGGAAAAGAAUUAAAGUUCCUGUGUAUGACUUCGCAACACACCUAAGACGCAAAGAAUGGAAAACGGUGUAUGGGGCCAAUGUUGUCAUUUUUGAAGGAAUCCUCGCCUUCGCCAACAAGGAACUGCUCAAGCUGUUGGACAUGAAAGUGUUUGUGGACACCGAUUCGGACAUCCGGCUAACACGGCGGUUGAAACGGGACGUGUCGCAGCGCGGGCGGGACAUCAGCGGCAUCAUUAAGCAGUACAACAAAUACGUCAAACCCGCUUUCGAGCAGUACAUCGAGCCCACCAUGCAGCUUGCUGAUAUCGUGGUUCCUCGAGGUGGGGACAACUUUGUGGCAUUGGAUUUGAUCGUUCAGCAUGUUCAUAGUCAACUGGAGAAGCGUGAGAUCACUGUAAGGUCUGCCCUGGCGUCGGCUCACCAAGGUCAGCCUCUGCCCGAAACUCUGAGCGUCCUGAAAAGCUCGCCGCAGGUGCGCGGCAUGCACACCAUCAUCAGGAACAAGGAAACCAACCGUGACGAGUUUGUCUUCUACUCCAAAAGAUUAAUGCGACUCCUUAUAGAACACGCCCUCUCUUUCCUGCCACUCAAGCCCAUAUCUGUUGAAACACCUCAGGGUGGAGUUUACCACGGCAGGAGGCUGAGCGGUAAAAGAAUCACAGGCGUGUCCAUAUUGAGAGCGGGAGAGACAAUGGAGCCGGCACUCAUGGCUGUGUGCAAAGACAUCCGACUGGGGAAAAUUCUCAUCCAGACUAACCUAGAUACGGGUGAACCGGAGCUGCACUACCUCCGGCUUCCCAAAGAUAUCAGUGAGGAUUUCGUCAUCUUGAUGGACAGCACAGUAUCCACCGGGGCCGCUGCUCUCAUGGCCAUCAGAGUUCUGCUAGACCAUGACGUACCAGAAGACAAAAUCUUCUUGCUUUCGCUACUCAUGGCAGAAAUGGGCGUCCACUCGGUGGCGUACGCUUUCCCAAAAGUGCGCAUCAUCACCACCGCUGUGGAUAAAGAGGUCAACCACCAGUUCCACAUCAUUCCUGGCAUCGGUAAUUUUGGCGAUCGUUACUUCGGCACCGACGCACCCUCUGACUGGUGCGAAAGUGACGACGGAAUGGACUUGUGA